GAAACCGCGCUUGCCGCUUUCGGAGCGGCGACGGAACAACACGGCCGCCUUUGGCUCCUCCCCGCUGCCGCUCUAGCCUUUCUCUCUCUACUCUUCUGCGAAACCGGGUGGAUGGGCGCGUGCCUGCUCAGUUCUGGCGCCCGCAAAAGAGGAGGUGUGGGGUGGGGGACGGACCGGAGAGCGUGUGUACAGGAAGGAAAGACCAGCCGAAACCACUCCAGUCGCCGACCUUUUUUUUUCUAUCCGCCCCCUGUUUCCUGCUGAGUGGCCUCUUCCUCUUUCUGUGCCCCCUUUCUUCUAUUGGUGAAACCCUAAUGACUUAAAUUUCUCUGUUGGCAACUGCAUUUCCUUCAUCCUCUCCACCGAACUUCACUUGAGUUUUCUAGGGGCUUUUUUUUUUUUUCAUCAGGAUAUUAUCAUGUAGCUAUAUAAACCGAAGUUAUAGCAGGAGUUAUAAGGGGGGAGGGGGAAUCACCAGUGAAAUGAUAAUCCUUGCUGGUGAGAGGUCACAUUCUAUUGUUUGCAUGUCUUCUUUUAUACCUGUUCUGCCCUGGUUUAAUUUUUUCCCCUGAAUUUAUAAUCGCAAAUGGAUGUCUCUGAAACAGUCUGUCAGGAAGCUGGUAAAUCGCCUCCCCUUUUACCAGACGGUGUCUGUGCAAAUGAUCCUGGACUUGUCAAGCAAGACCAUUCACACAGUCCAUCAUCUCCUUUCUUUGGUGACACUGAAUUGCAGUCUGUUGCUCCUUUCAACAGGAAAGCAGGAGGAAAGUGUAGGAUUCAAGUGUCUGUAAUUCUGCCAGUCUAUAAUGCCGAAUCUUGGCUGGAUGAAUGUCUGAAGUCUGUUCUGGAUCAAGAUUUCCAAGGUUCUAUUGAACUGUCUGUUUUUAAUGAUGCUAGCACGGAUAAUUCUAUAAGUAUAAUUAAAAAAUGGAAGGUUUUGUUGGAAGAAGCGGACAUUCGCGUAGUACUGGGAGAAAAUUACUCAACUCAUCCAGGUGGAGUUGGCUUUGCUAAAAAUUGUGCUAUUGAUCAGAGCUCGGGGGAGUAUCUCUGCUUUCUGGACUCGGAUGAUGUGAUGAUGCCCCAGAGAAUAAGGCUGCAAUGGGAAGCUAAUAUUAAGUAUCCAAGGAGUAUUAUAGGUUGCCAAAUUAAGAGAGAACCAGCAGAAGCUACUGAGCGCUAUACUAGGUGGAUCAAUAAUUUAACACAUGAUCAGCUUCUUACUCAGGUUUUCACAUCCCAUGGACCAACAGUAAUUAUGCCAACUUGGUUCUGUUCUCGGGAAUGGUUUUACCUUGUAGGAAGAUUUAAUGAAGAAGGAAAGGGGACCCCAGAGGAUCUGCUCUUCUUUUAUGAACAUCUUCGAAAAGGUGGAGAAGUGUUUCGAGUUGACGAGUGCCUCCUCCUGUAUCGUUACCAUGCACAGGCAGCCACUAACACAGUUUUAGAGGAAACCAUCUGGACACACCGAGUUUUGUUUCUGGAGGAGAGAAUUCUUAGUAAUUGGACAUCCUUCACCAUUUGGAAUGCUGGCAAACAGGGCAGAAAACUUUUUAGAAGUUUAUCUCCAGCUAAUCAGAACAAAGUGACUGCAUUUUGUGAUGUGGAUAAAAAUAAAAUCACUAAAGGAUUUUACAUAUAUGAAGAAUCUAAGGAAACUUCCAAACCCAGAAUUCCAAUUCUUCAUUUCAAAGAAGCUUCCCCACCUUUAAUUAUUUGUGUGAAAUUGGAUCUCACAGAUGGACAGUUUGAGGAAAAUUUGAGCCUAUUGAAUUUGAAGGAAGUCACAAAAGCUGAAGUCUCUGGAAAGCUGCAGUUUGCUCCCUGUGGCUGCUACUCUUAUCUGCUUUCUAGUUCUACUUCAUGGUCACAACCUUAAGCCUCCUAAAGGCCCAGGCCUGAGCUCAUUGUAUUUGCCAACCCUAAAUUGCUUCAGAGUCCUGCCUCCACCCCAAUCUGCCUUCCCUCCUGGGCUCCACUAAAAUUACCUUGUUGAACUAGUGGCCCUUUGGAAAAGCUCUCAUUUUGACAUUGUUUUGUUCCUUUUUGUUAAAAAGGUUAGCUUUCUGAGAAAGGUAGGGGACAUCUGAAAGAGAAAUGAGGGGGGAACAUAGGCCUUCUCACUACUGCAGUCUUCCACUGGCCCCACAGCUGCCAUUAUUGCUUUUAAAAGUAGCUUCCUCCUCCCUGCUGCUAAAUGGCACAGGCCUGCCUUCAAAAACCAACCUUUUUAGUGUGCAAUGGAACACCUGACCCAGAACAUUCCUCGACUUUGAUGGGAAAAGGAGACGGCUCCUCUUUUCAUAGCAUCAGCUCCAGCUGCAAUUCCCUCUCCUUGUAACUCGAGGUAUGGACAAUAUGAAAGGAUGGUUUCAACUUCAGCCCCAGUCAAUGCUUUCUAUGUUGGAAACAUUUAAUUCUCUUCGCAGCAUUUUUGAGAGCAAAAUGAACCCCUUAUACAUUUCAUAUGGUAAUUUAACAAUCUUCACUGCCAGAAAUAAUUGGACUUUUCCUCAUAUAAAGUCUGCAAUGUUUUGUGAUUCAGUAAUUCAUAUGAAGGGAUUAAAAAGCUACAUGUUAUAAUAUCCUGAGGCAGGUCUAAAAGAUCAGCAUGAGAUAAACAAGGUUUACAUUUAGAAUAUAGUUUAUAUCAAGAGGUUUGAAACCAGUCUCCAUGAUGGUCAGGAAAUUAACUAGUCACUUAAGAUACUUUUUCCAAAGGGCUGAGACCAGCUGUGGUAACAUGAAUAACUGUUAUUUAUGCGUUCUCUCCAUCAGAUGUUUAUUGUUAUGAAUGUCUAAAAAACAUUACAUGCUUGUUUUAACUAAAAUUAAAUUUGUACAGAAGAAAAAAAUUCUUGUUUACUUUUACACAAAUUUAUUUUUAUCUUUACAAUAUUUCUUCAUUUGUACAGCGAUAUACGAGAAAGAAAAAAUACGUCAACAACUUUUAACAGAAUACUUUUUACUAGGGCUAUGCACCAUUUGGAAAGUAAUUUAAAAAAAAUGGUGUGUAAAUAUGUGAGAGCAUAAAUAUUUUAUCUUUAACCUUUAAAGUAGGAUUGCUAUCCUCUUCAAUUGCUAAGUGAUUCUAAGGACAGAAUUGCUUUAAAAAGUUAUGCACAGUUUUACAAUUCAUUGUGUAAAGUACAUUUUGAGAAUCAAAUCCAUGUUCCUACUAAUUUGUAUCUGAUUUUCCACUCAUUAUAAGACAAAACAAAAACAAACCUGUCUGCCCUUUAAAACUAGUUUUAAUUUUGCCAACCAAUGUUGCUUGCAUUUUUCAGCUAGUAUUUCCUUGUAUAUUUCUUUUUAGCAUCAGAAAUAUUUCAAUACACAUUAAAAAAGGCAACAUCCAGAAAGUCAGGAUACUGUAUCAAGUUUGAAUGAUAAAUUAUACUUCUGUUUAGAAAGGUGACAGAUUUUCAGCUGGAAUUAAACAAUGUAUCAGGGAUGAAAUCCUACCCAUUUUAUGCUCUUCUCAAAUAGCAAGAAUGCCCAGACUUCAUUAUAUCAUUUGAUUGAUAUGUCAACUAGAUAAUUUAUUCUGAAAUGCCUUUUCUAAAGAAUGAAGCUUCUGCUCUUCUGCAGAUAGCUUUUGAAAUGGUAGAUUGGAGCUAUUUAUAUAAUGCAUAACUUAUUUGACCAAAGGUAACUUUGGUUAUAAUGAAAUUUGGAGUGCUGUAAUUUAAUAAAGCCAAAAAAAGAGAGAGAGAACAUGCAAGAAACUGCAGUUAUAUGAACUUUUCAAAACAAUUUAAUUUAAUCUUCAAAAACACAAAAUCACCAACGUAUAUAUUAUCUUUUAAAACAAAAAGAUAUUCUUUUAGAAAAAGAAGUUAAAGUAGUUUCUCAUUUUUUAGCCUUUUCUUUUUAGCUUGAUCAGUAAAUACUGUUGCCCAAGUUGUUGAAAAACUGCCUGCUCCUUUGUGUCUAUGGAUUCAAAGCACUGUAAUUUUCAAUAAUAAUUGAUUUCCAAUUAUGUGCUCUGCAGGAAAGACAGAGAAAAUGAGAUUAAUUUCAUGAUAUUGUCAAGAAUACAUAUCAAAAUAAAUAAAAGUAACUCUUACUUAUAAGA